AUGGCACCAAAGGCAGAGAAAAAGCCCGCCGAGAAGAAGCCAGCGGAGGAGAAGAAAACUCCCGCCGCUGAGAAAGCCCCCGCGGAGAAGAAGCCAAAGGCCGGAAAGAAACUGCCCAAGGAGGCUGGUGCUGCUGCCGGAGAUAAGAAGAAGAAGAGAAACAAGAAGAGCGUUGAGACGUACAAGAUCUAUAUCUUCAAGGUGUUGAAGCAGGUUCAUCCCGACAUCGGUAUCUCCAGCAAAGCGAUGGGAAUAAUGAACAGUUUCAUAAACGAUAUUUUCGAGAAAUUGGCGCAGGAGAGUUCAAGGCUCGCAAGGUACAACAAGAAGCCAACCAUCACAUCCAGGGAGAUCCAAACCGCCGUGCGACUUGUACUUCCUGGUGAAUUGGCCAAGCAUGCGGUGUCCGAGGGUACUAAGGCCGUGACCAAAUUUACCAGCUCCUGA